AUGUCGUUGAAGCAGGAAAUAGAGACAUGGGUGUUAGCCCUAGAUGCCUACGACAAUCAGGACUUCGAGGAAUCUUUGCGACAAUUUGAUCAAAUAGCAGAUACCUCCAAGAUUCUGUUCAAUUGUGGAGUGAUAUAUGCCACACUCGGCGAACAUGAAAGAGCAGUGGACUGUUAUCAAAGGGCAGUUGGGCUCGAUCGAUAUCUGGCAAUCGCUUAUUUCCAGCAAGGUGUAUCCAACUUCUUACUCGGGGACUUUGAAGAGGCUCUAGCCAAUUUCAAUGACACGCUUCUCUAUCUCCGCGGCAAUACAUCUAUCGACUACGAGCAGCUGGGGCUCAACUUCCGUCUCUAUUCAUGUGAAGUCCUAUUCAAUCGUGGACUAUGUUAUGUCUACCUGCAGCAGAUGACUCCCGGCAUGCAGGACCUGUCAUUUGCAGCGAAGGAGAAGGUCACAUCUGAUCAUGAUGUGAUUGAUGACGCGAUACGCGAAAAUGCAGAUGGAUAUACGGUGUUCUCUAUUCCCGUCGGUGUCCUCUACCGGCCCAACGCGGCCAAGGUCAAGAAUCUCAAGUCCAAGGACUAUCUCGGUAAAGCUCGCUUGGUGGCUGCUUCGGAUCGUUCUCAAGGUGCCGAUCACCAAUGGCGGCCAAUGGUGAUUGACAAAGGCGCUCUUGAAGACCGCGAGGGGGUCUCCUGGGCUGCCACAAAUUUAGUUCACAAGGGCCUGUCAAGUCGCUCGCGGCAGCAAUCCGAGCCUCCUUUGACACGAACUCUCUUCCCUCCAACUCCUCCACCAGAUGACCGAUCCACGAGCAAUGGCUCUGUCGCAGGCUCGUCUCAUCAUCGGUCCGCUUCUCUCCGCGCCGGUCGACCACCCCGACUCGACCUUGAACGCACGGGAACCAGUCUUGAUCAUCGUUCGCCGAGUCAAGUGAUCGCACCCGCCACUGAAAAGCCACGCAUCGGUACCACACGCACCGCGUCCGAGCCGCGAGGGCCUGCAGCCAGAUCGCAACCCUUGCGUAACAUCGGAGAAUCCGGUCGCAGCGGUUGGCCUCGAGGUCACCGAAGAAACCUCAGCGAUGCUCCUCAGGGGUCAGGCGACAGUAUCAACGUUGGCGAGCAAAGUUCACAGAACUAUGCAGACGAUUACACUUACACUAGUCCCGCGACUGUCUCCAGUUCGGGUUGGGGCCGCGGCCGGCCCCACCCACCCGACUUUAUUGACGAAGCAGAUGAAUAUGAACAUGAGGAAAGCAGCAUGCACCACGUCCAGGACAUGUCUUUUGAUUUUCUUGGCGCUCCUACAGGCAGUGGGGGAUCCUCGAGCUAUUCCAAUUCUCAGCAGCGUCGAACCCGCUCGCCCGCGCGGCAUUCACACCGGGCAAACUCACGUCGACCCGAGGUGCGGCGAUUUCGUACCAAAGUCCAUGCGCCUGAUGAUAUCCGGUAUAUCAUGAUUGGACCGACGGUGGAGUUUGCGGAGUUUGAGGCUCGCAUUCGAGAGAAAUUCGGGUUCAGAUGCGCCCUGAAGCUGAGAGUGCAGGACGAUGGUGACAUGAUCACCAUGGUCGAUCAAGAAGAUCUGGACUUGUUGCUCGCUAGCGCCAAGGAAGUUGCACGGAGGGAAGGAAGCGAGAUGGGCAAGAUGGAAGUCUGGGUUGAAGAACUUGCAAUGAUCUAA